AUUUUUAUAAAUAUGUUCAACCAUUUGAGCAAAAGAUUCUAUACUAUUGGGUCAAAGGCACUCAAGAAUAACAUGAGAAGGUUCGCCAUGAGGUCUAUGUCCACCCAAGUUACCAAGACUGGCCAUGACUACUCCAUUAAGCCAACUGGAGAUUUGAAGCAGUUUUCAAAGGCUCCAAUUUUGGAGAAUUUCGGAGAGUUGCAAUAUGGAGAGAUCCCAGAGCCUCUGAAAUAUGUCAGACCAUUUGAACAGACCACCCUUAGUAACGGAAUCAGAGUCUGCACUGAAGGAUUUAACUCAGAAUUGGCAGGAGUUGGUGUAUUCAUCAACGCAGGAUCAAGAGAUGAGACCUUAGAUACUAGCGGUACUGCCUUCCUUCUUGAGAGACUCCUUCUCAAGGGUACUGAGAACAGAACUGGUAGCGAACUCGUAUCUGAAAUAGAAAACCUCGGAGCCACUUAUGAAGGAAAGACCCACAGAGAAAUCAGCUCCCAUACUUUGAAAGUAUUAAAGAACGAUGUUAGCAAAGCAGUAGAGAUUUUGGGAGAUUUGAUUACUAAUCCACUCCUGAACGAAAAUGCAUUUGAAGCUGAGCGUGAAGUAGUGUCCCAAAUUCAUGAAAACAACAUUAAUGAAUAUGAGAGAACUACCUUGCAGGCUUCUCAUAAUAAUGCUUUCAGAGAGCACAUGAUUGGACAGCCAACAAGAGGAGACAGAGAUAACUUGCCAAACCUCACAAUUGACCAAGUAAGACAGUUCCAUGCAGACAAUUAUUAUGGGGACAACAUUGUCAUUGUUGGAAGUGGAAAUAUAAGUCAUCAAGACCUCGUCGACUUGGUUGAGACCCACUUUGCUUCAUUGCCAAAGACUACUUCUGCUACUAAGAACAACACUGAGAGACCAAUCUAUAUUCCAGCAUUGCAGAUGAUGAGAGAUGAUGAAAUGUACAACUCUAACGUAGGAGUCUUUUAUGAUGCUCCAAGCAGAUCUCAUCCAGACUUCUAUGCAUUUGAAUUAUUAAAGAGAAUCUUCGGUACCUACAGACUUGACAAGAAUGCUGAGCAUUUGAAUGAUGUUGCUAAACAAUAUAAUGCUUUGCAUGGUAUGAUUGGAGACUUACCAGAUGUCACUAUUCAUAACUCCCACUACUUUGCUUACUCUGACUGUGGUAUUUUCGGAAACUAUUUCUUCGGAAAUGAGGUUUUCACCCGUCAAAUGAACUACUGCGGAAUGGUCCUCAACACCACUUAUGGACACUACAUGAAUGACGUUGAAGUAUUCAGAGCCAGAAACAAAUAUUAUAAUGAAUUAUUAAGCAACGAAGGUGUUAUCAGCUCUCUUCACGAUAUUGCUCCACAGAUUUUCUACCUCGGAAGAAGAGUCCCAAGAAGUGAGAUUGCUAAGAGAAUCGCUUAUAUUGAUGCCUAUCACAUGAAAAAUCUAUGCUAUGACUGGUUCUAUGAUGCUGAGCCAUCCUUGACUAACUGGGGACCAAUUGAGGGUAUUUCUGCUAUUGGAUCAUACAAGUACAUCAAGAAUCACACCUACAGUACUGUCACAAAUGCCCAUCAUGGACUCUAUUGCUAAUAAAAUUAUCGCAUCUUCAAUUUUUGUA